AACAAGUGCUCCCCCCAAUAAACAAAUAUGACAAUAUAGCAAACUAUCUGGCAGAUCGGCCUAAAUAACGUAAGACUGCAUCUAAGUCUGUGCGUCCUCUAUCCCAGUUCCUCCAUCAGCUUCUAGAAUCCCAUCAGCAUAUUUGAGCGAUAAAAGAAAUAUUAUAGUAAUUGGGGGUAAAAGUGACGUUUUCGCAUCCUGAUUUCCGUCAUUCCUGAGUUUCUUCAGCCAUGUCUGGAGUUAAAGCUUGUUUGCAACCAACCGAAGGUCCUGCUUGUGUGGGUAGAGAGUUGUAUGGAGAAAUUCGAGGCAGCAGUCCGAACUGGAGCAACAACUUUUGUGACAAAGGGAGGUCACACCUGUCAGGCCCUGCCUCAGACUUGGGCUCGAGGGGACUGGCAGCGUGGGACAAAGCUCCCGCUCCCCGAGAUCCUGGAUUGCGGCGGCAUUAUGAGCAAGUAUGCUCCAGCAGUUACUCCGAGCCAACCGUGGUGGGAGGCCACGGCUCUUAUUACGGCCGGCGAACCAUGGGGGACGACACCGAGUCGACGACUUACCGGCGGACGCUGAAGCACAUACCGGAGCCGGUGCGGCCUGAACGGCCGGAGGAUGAAGUGCGCUACCGCCCGGCGGGGGCAAUCCCAGAACCGCCGCUACCGCGACUGGGCCGGCCGGAUGGCAUCACCGGGCUGCGGGAGACCGACAAGGAGGUUAAUUUUGAGGCGACGAUGGGGCGCAAGGUCCGGGUUGGGCAGGAUAGCUAUCGUGGUUCGGGGCGGGCAGGGGACCGCAGCCUGGUGUACGGCGCGCCGCAGCGCGUGGAGGAUGACCCGUCGUACUAUCGGUCCAUGAAGGACGCGCCAACAUUUGUGCGAUUUUGCAACAGCCUGCCACCAAAGCCGGCUGUCAGUCCGCACCAGCGGCGGGACGAAGGCGCGCGGCGGCAGGCGGAGCAAGAAAGGCGGCGCGAGGCUGCUCUUGUGUCGACGCUAACAAUUGAGGGAGUGCCGGAUGAUGAUUGAGGGGGCCUGAGAGGUGACAAGGUUUAGUGUCAGCAGGAGAAGGGAAAGCAUAGCUUGCUUUCUCUAACGAUUGUGUUUUUGGCAUGCCGGGGUUUGGAUUUGGAUGAGGCGCUGGAAGGAGGCCAGAGGAGGGUGCACGAGAGAGCGUAGGGGCUGGUGCGGGCCAUGAAGUAUAUUGGGUAGAUGCAAUUACAGAUAGAACUAUAAUAAUUGUUAGGUUCGCGGCGUCGGGUUUUGCAUUGGGCUCGCUGUGCUGCACGGCAUGUUGGGUUACCCGAAACCGGAGCUGUCGCCACGCCGUCAUGCGGCUUCAUUCGACAGAGCUCGCACCAUUCCGAUUUUCCAUUUACUCCUUGUUCAAUCUACACUUGUAUGUACACACACUUCCAUUUGGGUGUGCUUUUCACGGUAGUUCGAGCGCUUGCCUACAUAACGCAGCUCACAAGAUAGCAAACGGUUAUGCCUUAGGCCUGAACAGUGGACUUAUGAACGAGAGCAAACUGUAAAUUACAUAGGCGCCCAA